UUCAAUCUCUUCUCCAAUCAUAACCAUCAUUUGGAUAAUAUGGAUAUCAAAGCCAAGCAAUCUCACAUUUUUUUAUUCCCUUAUAUGGCACCUGGCCACAUGAUACCAACCAUAGCCAUGGCCAAACUAUUUGCUUCAAGAGGCAUCAAAACAACCAUAAUUUCUACUCCUAAAAACGUUGCCGCCUUCUCCAAAACAAUUGAAAGAAGCAAGGCUUUGGGUUUCGAGAUCGGAGUUCUUCUUCUCAAAUUCCCUUCUGUAGAGGUUGGAUUGCCAGAAGGCUGUGAGUGUGGUCACAUGGUUGAAACACUGGAAGAGCUCCAGAAGUUCUUGAAGGCCACCUCCUUACUUGAUCAACAACUUGAGAAGCUCCUUGAAGAACACCAACCCAACUGCCUUGUGGCUGAUAAUUGCUUUCCAUGGACAACUGAUCUUGCUGCCAAAUUUGGAAUUCCAAGGCUUGUUUUCCAUGGAAUAAAUUUCAUCUCCUUAUGUAUUUCACAGCAUUUGAUCAAGAUGGACUUUUCAACAUUAUUGAAGUCUGAUUCUGAGCCUCUAGUAAUUCCUGAUUUACCAGAUGAGAUCAAGCUUGCAGGAACCCAGAUACCAAAUUUCCUCAAACAAGAAACCGAGUUGAGAAAAUUUUUAGAAUCGACAGCAGAAACAGAGAGGAGGAGUUAUGGGGUGGUUGUUAACAGCUUCUAUGAGCUUGAGCCAGUCUAUGCUGACCAUUAUAGGAAGUUCUUGGGAAUCAAGGCUUGGCAUAUUGGUCCCACAUUUUUAUGCAAUAAGGACACUUAUGCCUCCCUAGAUGAACAUGAAUGUUUGAAGUGGCUAAAUUCCAAGACACCCAAUUCAGUAGUUUAUGUGAGCUUUGGAAGUGUGAUUAAAUUUGAUGAUGCUCAGCUCCUUGAAAUUGCACUGGGUCUUGACGCUUCUGGGCAGCAGUUCAUUUGGGUUGUCAAGAAAGAAAAGAGUGAUGAAGAAAAUAAAGAGGACUGGUUGCCUGAAGGGUUUGAGAAGAGAGUGGAAGGCAGAGGACUUGUUAUAAGAGGGUGGGCUCCACAGGUGCCAAUUCUUGAACACCAAGCAGUUGGAGGCUUUGUGACUCAUUGUGGAUGGAACUCAGUGAUUGAAGCAGUGUCUGCUGGGGUGCCAAUGGCCACUUGGCCAGCUUUUUCUGAUCAGUUUUAUAAUGAAAAGUUGGUGACUCAAAUACUUGGGAUUGGAAUUGGGGUAGGUGUUCAAAAAUGGGAAAGAUUUGGAGGGGAAAAAGUGGGGAAGAGAAACAUAGAGAAGGUAGUGACACAGAUUAUGGUGGGGGAGAAAGCAGAGGAAAUGAGAAGCAGAGCCAAGAGGCUUGGGGAAAUGGCAAGAAAGAGUGUGGAGGAAGGUGGAUCAUCUUACAAGGAUUUGAAUGCCUUGAUUCAAGAAUUGGGACUCCAUAGCACUGCUCCUAACUAAGUACUAAUUAAACCUAGUAUGUAUAAUAUGUUUCUGAUCAUCUUCAAUAAUGACAUAUGGUGUUUGUAAUUUAAAUUUUCUCCAAACAUGUAUAUCUUUUAAACUAAAUAAGUAUGAGUUUACAAGUGCCAAAUGCUUCUAAACAGAUCUAGGGAGCGUUGGGGACAUCUUCUAGUUUGUGAGACUA